AUGGCAAGUAAGGUGUUCUGCAGAGCGAUCUUAGAGCGUAUCAAGACAGCACUGGAUGGAAAACUGCGAGAGGGACAAGCGGAGUUUCAAGCUGAUCGAAGCUGUGCGGACCAAAUAGUGGCACUGGGGACUAUUGUGGAACAAAGCAUUGAAGUGCAGGGCAGGAGAGAUAAGGCACAGGUUUUAAAGGAACAAGGUGCAAAGGUAGGCCUGAACAUCAAUGCUACAAAGAAAAAGCCAAUGCGUAUCUCGACCAAACGCGGCGAUGGUGUACCGAUCGAAGGGGAGCAGGUCGAGAAGCAGUGUUCAGUGACCGACUAUCUGAUUACGGUUGUGAAUAAAUCUGUUUCCACUUUAGUUAGAACAUCUUGCGACUUCGACAGCGGACUUUGUGAUGGCUGGGAACAGUCUUACUCAGAUGUCUUUGACUGGACACUAAACAAGGGAGCAACUUGGUCUGUAGAUACAGGUCCAGAUUACGAUCAUACCAGUGGGUUUGGUAAGAGAACUCUCGUCCACUUCAGAUACUACAUGUAUAUCGAGACGUCUAGUCCUCGGGUCGAGGGUGAUAGCGCAAAACUUGAGUUCUCUGUACCUGGAAAUGGAGAACUGUCUUGUCUCGAGUUCUAUUACCACAUGUAUGGAAACACUAUGGGCACUCUGAAUGUCUUCAGUGGAAGUGCGGUAGUUUUCAACGCAUCAGGAAACCAUGGCAACCACUGGAUAAAGGCGGAAAGAACCAUUCAAUUAGAUAGCAUUGUGACAUUUGAAGGAAUACGAGGAUCCUCGUAUAUGGGUGACAUAGCGAUCGAUGAUGUCUCGAUUAGCAAUGGAAGCUGCCAGGGGCACACUGUCACAUUUGAAGGAAUCAUUGGAAGUUCUUAUACGGGUGAUGUCGCCAUUGAUCAAGUGGAAAUUAUAGAAGGAAGCUGUCCAGUUUUUUGUAGCUUUGACAACGGUUUGUGCAGCGGAUGGAGUCAAUCUACUUUAGACGUUUUUGAUUGGACACUUUACUCUGGAUCCACACCGUCGUUAUCCACGGGACCAUCAUCAGAUCUUAGUGGAACAGGAUACUACAUGUAUAUAGAGACGUCCUCUCCUCGGGUCGAGGGUGAUAACGCAAAGCUUGAGAUUUCUGUAUCGGGAAAUGGAGAACUCUCUUGUCUCAAGUUCUAUUACCACAUGUAUGGAAACACUAUGGGCACUCUGAAUGUCUUCAGCGGAAGUGCGGUAGUUUUCAACGCAUCAGGAGACCAUGGAAACCACUGGAUAAAGGCGGAAAGAACCAUUCAAUUGGAUAGCAUGGUGACAUUUGAAGGAAUAGUAGGAUCCUCAUAUAUGGGUGACAUAGCGAUCGAUGAUGUCUCGAUUAGCAAUGGAAGCUGCCAGGGGCACACUGUAUCUCCAACCUUUUCCACAACAUCAACCUUGACGCUUUUAGUGACGUCAGAUCUAUCGACAUCUACUCCUUCCACUAAAAAGUCUUCGUUGUCUACAGAGCCAUUGAAAUUUAGAAUAAUUGGAUCCUCAUACGCCAGUGACAUCGCCAUAGAUAACGUGACGGUUACUGAGGGAAACUGUUCAGUUAGUACAUCUUGCGACUUCGACAGUGGACUCUGUGGUGGCUGGCAACAGUCUUACUCAGAUGUCUUUGACUGGAAACUAAACACGGGAUCAACCUGGUCUUAUCACACAGGUCCAGAUUACGAUCAUACCAGUGGGUUUGUUAUGGUCACAGGAUACUACAUGUAUAUAGAGACGUCCUCUCCUCGGGUCGAGGGUGAUAACGCAAAGCUUGAGAUUUCUGUAUCGGGAAAUGGAGAACUCUCUUGUCUCAAGUUCUAUUACCACAUGUAUGGAAACACUAUGGGCACUCUGAAUGUCUUCAGCGGAAGUGCGGUAGUUUUCAACGCAUCAGGAGACCAUGGAAACCACUGGAUAAAGGCGGAAAGAACCAUUCAAUUGGAUAGCAUGGUAAGUUUCAAUCGGUAGAUAUAUGA